AAAAGAGAGAGAAAGAGAGAGCAAGAGAAGGCAGGCACCACUCUGCGUUCAGUGAGUCAGUUGCAUCCAACCGAUUCACACAGGCGCGCAUUGAUUGAACUUUCAGCUACGUCAAAGAGUGGUUCCAACACAGCCAUCAAGGAAUAGGACUAUGAGGGUGAAGCCCAGCUCCCUUAUAGGAAGUAAAUAUCAGGGCAGAUAGAGGCUUGGCGUUUUGUGCAAACACCACAGUUCCACUAUGAGGACUUGCUCACUGGUCCUGCUAUGGGCGUCCCUGUCCCUCUAUGUGGAUGCCAUGUCUAUUACCAGAAGGACUGUAGUGGAGAUGGGAGAGAUGGAAGGAGAGGAGGAGGAGGACCGAGAUGGAGGAAAGGGAGGGAAGCUACUGAAGCGUUUCAAACGAGGAUGGAUGUGGAACCAGUUCUUUCUACAGGAGGAGUACACUGGGAGUGACAAGCAGUACAUAGGCAAGCUCCAAUCCGACAUGGACAGGGGGGAUGGAACCCUGAAAUACAUUCUAAGCGGGGACGGGGCUGGAGACAUAUUUACCAUUGAUGAAAACAAUGGUGACCUCCAUGCCAAUAAGAGACUGGACAGAGAGGAGAAGGCCUUCUAUACCCUCCGAGCCACCGUGGUCAACAAGAACACAGGCAUGAAACUGGAGCCGGAGACAGAGUUCAUUGUUAAACUCCAUGACAUCAACGACAACGAGCCCAAAUUCACUAAGGAGCUUUACACUGCCAGAGUACCUGAGAGGUCCAAUAUAGGUACUUCAGUCACCCAGGUGACAGCCACGGACGCAGACGACAGCAUGUACGGGAACAGCGCUAAACUACGAUACAGCAUCAGCCAGGGGCACCCGUACUUCUCAGUGGAACAUGACACAGGCAUCAUCCGGACAGCCCUGGGGCCUGGAGAGAUGGACCGGGAGAAGCGGGAGCACUACCAGGUAGUGAUUGAGGCCAAGGACAUGGCGGGCCAGAGGGGAGGCUUAACCGGGACAACCACGAUCAAUAUCACCCUGACCGACGUCAACGACAACCCCCCACGCUUCUCCCAGAGUAUAUAUCAGUUCAGCGUUCCAGAAUCCAUGAAAGCUGGAACUCCUGUUGGGAGAAUCACAGCAGUGGAUAAAGACCUUGGGAAGAAUGCAGAGAUGUACUACAACGUUGUCGGCGGGGACGGCUUGGGCAUGUUCGAUGUCAUCACAGACAAAGACUCACAGGAAGGCAUCAUUACUGUUGGAAAGCCAUUGGACUAUGAAAAGACCCGGUCCUACACACUGGAGAUCCAGGUACAGAAUACUCAGACCUUGGACACUCGCUUCCUGGGGUACCUACCCACCAAGGACAUGGCCACAGUCAGGAUCGGUAUAGAGGAUGUGGAUGAGCCUCCUCUGUUUGAGAGAGCCAGCUACGUGAUGGAGGUGAAGGAGGAUGCAGCCGUGGGUAUUGCAGUAGGGUCUGUCAGGGCCAUGGACCCGGAUGGAUACAACAGCCCUGUCAGGUACUCCAUUGAUCGUCGCACAGAUCUGGACCGGCUUUUUAACGUGCAUUCUGGGAAUGGGUCCAUAUUUAUCACAAGACCUCUCGACCGAGAAGAAGCUGCCUGGCACAACAUUUCUGUUAUCGCAACUGAGUUCAACAAACCUCUGCAGACCAGUCGGGUGCCUGUUUAUAUCCGUCUUCUAGAUGUCAACGACAACGCACCCACGUUCGCCUCUUUCUACGAGACGUUUGUUUGUGAAAAGACCAAGGCUGGACAGAAGAUCCAGACGGUGAGUGCUGUGGAUGCAGAUGACCCUGCAGGUGGACACAAGUUCUUCUUCAGUCUGGCUACGGAGGGAGCUUACAGAGGCAACUUCACAGUCAGAGACAAUGGAGAUAACACAGCUGGCGUCCUAACCCGGCGCUCCAGCUACAGCCGACUGCACAAGAGCGUCUACCUGGUUCCCAUGGUGAUCACAGAUGGGGACUUCCCCAUGCAGAGCAGCACAGGGACGCUGACGGUGCGUGUGUGCACCUGCGACCGCGAAGGCAACAUGGAGCUGUGCAACGCCGAGGCCCAGACCAGCUCAGCUGGACUCAGUACCGGGGCCCUGGUGGCUAUCCUGCUUUGUGUUAUCAUCCUCCUCAUGAUCGUAGUUCUGUUUGCGGUACUGAAGAGGCAGAAGGAAAAGGAGCCUCUGAUCAUCUCUAAAGAGGACGUGCGAGACAACGUGGUCAGCUACAACGACGAGGGGGGCGGAGAGGAGGACACCCAGGCCUUCGACAUCGGGGCUCUGCGUAACCCAGAGGCCAUCGAGGAGAGCAAGCAGAGGCGGGACAUCAUCCCCUCGGACACUCUGUACCCCCCUCUCAGACGGACAGCCAUCCCGUCGCGGGACAACGCCGAUGUCCGGGACUUCAUAAACCAACGGGUGCAGGAUAACGACAAUAAUCCCACCGCCCCCCCUUAUGACUCUCUGGCCACAUAUGCCUACGAGGGAACCGGUUCAGUGGCUGAGUCUCUCAGCUCCCUGGGGUCAGCUUCCUCUGAAGGGGACCAGGACUACAACUACCUCAGUGACUGGGGGCCCCGCUUCAGGAAACUGGCUGACAUGUACGGGGCUGAGGACAGCGACCGUGACUCCUAACACACUACUUGACCUGUUUCUGGGGCCUGAGCUAGGAGGAUGAACUAUGAACUAUAACUGACUGUAAUCUCUCUUCUCAAAAGAUGAGGACACAUGUUGCAGGCCAAGUUUUUUACAAAGUGCCCUUUUAUUUCUUCCAACGCAACUAUAGGCCAUAGCUCUUUCUGAUGGCCAGACCAGACAGAGCUGUGUGGAUUAUUUUUGAAACUAUUUUACUGCAAGGCCGACCUUUCCAGAGAAGGUGAACUUCAGUUUAUGAUCCUGAGUUCAAUGUCAAAAGAAACUAUAAAUUGAUACAUUUAUUUGUAUUUUCUGGUUACAUCUGUAUCUAUAUGCUGCAUUGGAAGGGAUUACACAUGACUCUGAAUACUUCUGUGUAUUCUUGAGAGAUAUCUCCUAUAGUUUCUCUGUACUGUUACCGAAGUGCAGUAUGUUGGACUUUGUAUAUUUUAGUGUUUUAGUGAAAUGGAACUUUGCUUUUCCAGGAACAAGGAACUGGAAUCUCUUAAGGUAAUUCCUCGAACCUUAUUUUGAAAUGUCCAAAUUCUUUAAAUAGAAGAAAAGCCCAGGACCAAAAUAAAACAUUGCUUCAUGAAUGUUUACGGAAUUUAAGAAUGGGCAGCCACUCUGUACUUACUCCAUUCCCCUAUCAAGCCUUCUGUUGCACAGAAAGUUCACUAUUCCAAUUUGAAGUUGUUUGUUUAUGUUGCCAAUCAUUUAUUAUGUGAUCAAUCCAUUUUUUGGAAUUGUAUCCAAGAGGAACUCUCUGAAGACACAAGGACUGUAUGUGUGUAUCUCUGCACGUGAUGAUGACUGAAGAAAUGGAUGGAGAUGAGGUUUGAUGCUCCAAGAUUUAUAGCGAAUUUCAGCAACGUCUGACAACAUCGACAUAAUCCAUCAUAAAUCAAUAAUGGUCAUAUUAGACAUGUUUAUGGUCCCAGCGAUAUAUACACAUAUGUCUUACUUACAUAAAUUCUGCACAAAAAGCCUACAAGGUGAAUGAGCAUACCAUUCGUAUUAUCUUACAUAAUAGUACUUACCAAGGAAAACAAUAAUUCUUAAACACAAUAUCCGACUCAUGUAUUUGAUUAGCUAACACAACAUGUAGACUCAGCAUUGGAUUUGAUGCGCCGUCACAUGGCACAAAGUACUUAUUUAACAGUUUUAGGAAGGACGACUAAAUAUGUCUCAUAUGAAGAGUUCAGGGAGUUUUAUCUGUAGGUGGAGAGAGAUUACUUCAUAUUAUUGUUGGAUAUGGCGCUUCUAUGGACAGUAGGGGAGGGGGUUUAAAACAUUUCCAUUAAUGCAUCACACAACAUGUAUGAUGACAAUGGCUGGCUUCUUUACAGAGAGAAAGCAUUUACAUGAAGAAUUACCUAACAUCCUUGAAAUGAACCAAAACUAUAGAAAGCAUCUGAAGUAAAUAUUUCAUUUAGCCAUGUGUUGUCUAAUUGUUCUGUUCUCUCUGUGACAAUAUUGAAUGAUAAUGCUUUUCACUCUCUGAACUCAUAUCAUACUAAGUAGCUAAGCAAACAUAAGCAAUCACUCCAAAACAACUCUAUCAUUAAAGAAGUUAAGACGGGAUCCUAAGGAUCAAUUACAGCUGAUCUUCGACUUUGAAAGUGUUUGCGGAUAAUUAUGUGUUUUAUUUGGGUACAUCAUUCUGAUUUGACAUCAGAACUUUUCUCUGUAAAAUUGUUUGACUAAAUAAUGGUAUAUACUGUGGUUGAAACUGUGCUUUGUGGCAGUGAUUUGGGAGCGUAGCUGAUGUUCAUGAUGUACUACUCUGCUUUUUAUGUUGUGAUUUUCAUUGUACCAAAUAUUUAUAGGACACAUGCUGAAUUAAUAUUGUUGAAUCACAAGCAUCCAACCAAUAUCGCUGUUUUUGAUGUAUUUUGGAGUUGUACGACUAAAUGUGGACACUACAGGCUACAGUACGUCAUACUAUGAUGUAUUAACAAUUGUCACAUUUUACCAUAAUAAACCUUUCCAGUAAACUACAA